AUGGCGGACCUGGGCCGGCAGCUGCAGGAGUACCUCGCGCAGUCGAAGGCCGCGGCCCCCGCGCCGCCGCCCGCCGGCUGCGGCUCCAGCGCGGCCCCCGCGCCGCCGCCCGCCGGCUGCUCGCAGGAGGAGGCGGGGAGCGGCGGCGGCCUGGGGGCCUGGCUGGGCCCGCUGAGCCCCUUCCCGCCGGGCCGCGGCGCUCCCGCCGGGCCGGGGCCGGGCUGGCCGUGGGCGGCCGAGGCGGACCCCUGCCUGCCGGGGCUGUCGCGCUGGCAGCGGCUGGCGGGGAGCGGGCUGUGCCUGCUGCUGGCCGCCUUCUGCUUCGGGCUGGCCGCGCUGUACGCGCCGCUGCUGCUGCUCCGCGCCCGCAAGUUCGCGCUGCUCUGGUCCCUCGGCUCGCUCUGCGCCCUGGCCGCCGCCGCCCUGCUGCGGGGACCCGCCCGCCUGCUGCGGGAGCCCGGCCGCGGCUCCCUCCUCUACCUGGGCGCCCUGGGCGGCACGCUGUACGCGGCGCUGGUGCUGCGCAGCACCCUGCUCACCGCGCUGGGCGCCGCCGCCCAGCUGGGCGCCGCCGCCGCCGCGCUCCUGGCCGCGCUGCCCGGGGGAGCCGCCGGCCUGCGCCGCCUCGGCGGCCUCCUCAGCGCCGCGCUCCGCCGCGGCGGCAAAGCGCUGCCGGUGUGAGGGAGCCCCGCGCCGGCGCUCGGCGGGACUCGCCCGGUGGGACUGAGGGAGAGAGACUGACUGGCGCCGGGCACACGGAGACGCCGCGGCUGAGGAUGGCGUCGACCCCGCGCCGCUUCUCUUCGCCUCCUCCGCCUUCCUGCGGGGCUUCCCUCGCCGCUUCUCCAGCGAGAAAAGCAGCGGCUGGCAACCCGGGGCACGGCAGCAGGGACUCUCGGAACUCGCGUCGCUGCGGUCAGGGGUAGCGGUGUCGGUGCCGGCCUGCCGAGCCGCCCCCCCCCCCCCCCCCCGGGCACGGGAUUUUUGCCUUACGGCAAAGCGAGCUCGAUAGCCCUGGCCUGGAGUCUCUCCGGCUCUGGGGGGGAGCUGGCAGCAUCCCACUUUCCUACCUCCAGUAUAGGACCAUGUGGCUGCUGCAGCCUACUUCAAAACGUGAGUGACCUUACGGAGCUGAUGAAAUGUAAUUAUUGACUUGCCCCUUAGGUGAAAACCAAGUAUCUUACAGCUGAGGUGCCUAGGGCUGGCUGAUGUAGAAACACGGAGACAAUGUAACAAAAUCUGAUCAGGUGUAGGGGUGAACGUUCAGAAACAGUUAACUGCUAUUAACUCAUUUCUGUGCCGACUCCUAUGCUCUGAACACAUACUUUACUCGCUGUGUAGUGCAGUCAUCAGCCACCUCAUAUUCACCACUGGUCUGAGUACUGUGUGCACUGAACUGCGUUUGUCUCUAAAAAACAUGUUUAAAAUACCAUGCAGUAAGUGAAACAAACCUUCCUGGGGCUGUGGGUCACAAAGACUACCCGUAACUGUAAGGGUAGUCAUCUCGCAUGGUAGGAUGAAAGGUACUCAUCUGGCUUUGGCCUUUGCAGGUAUUGCUGCCUUACAGCUGCUGUAAGGUAGCAAAUAUUCGGGCUUUAAAAGAGCAGCUUUGGCUCUCGGAACUUUAUUUUUUUCAUGUAUGUAUUUUCUGGGCUCUCAACUUGGGCAGGAAUUGGUUGUCACGGCCUGACCUUCAAAAAUAGAUUUGCUAGUAACUGGAGCCUGUUUCAGCUAGCGCAGCUCGGUUUCAAUGUAGAAACUAAGCGGCCUUAGGAAGGUGCUGAAUUCAGGCUGGCAGUCACUGCUGAGAGCUUGGGACCCGAGUUUGGGCCGUGUGCUGUACUGCUGCAGAUAAACAGGACUACCAGGCCCAACCUGCUCAGAGCCCAAGCGAGUAUCUCACCAACUAUAAGUGCCUUAUAUACAAAAUAAAGCCAAACACUGCAAUACUUACCUGCUAUCACUACUUGGGAUUUAGCAUAUUCACCUAAUACUUGCUCUGAAUGAAACUGAAAUUGUUAAAUGAGGGUACUUAAAUGUACAUAGAUUUCUCUAAUAAAACUAUUUGUGUACCAAAUGUCAGUAUAGACA